AAUUCUGCCAUCUUGUAGAACUUUUUUCUGUAGAAUUCUGCCAUCUUGCUCUGUGCCUUUAAGGUUUGUGUCCACACAGAACCAGGAAGAAACAAACACUAACCAACUCCCACUUCUGAUGAAACGAAACCUAUUUAGCUUUGCUUGCAGCCAUCGCAAGUGUUUGUUUAUAAGGAGAAAUGGCGACUGCUUCAAUGUUUCAGGAUGAGUUCAACUGUUCUAUAUGUCUGGAUCUACUAAAGGACCCGGUGACUAUUCCUUGUGGACACAGUUUCUGUCUGAACUGCAUUACAGGCUGCUGGGAUCAAGAAGACCAGAAGGGUGUUUACAGCUGCCCCCAGUGCAGAGAGACUUUCACUCCAAGGCCUGUUCUUUAUAAAAACACAAUGAUGGUUGAUAUGUUAGAGAAACUAAAGAAGACAGAACUCCGAUCUAAUGUCACAGUUUCUUCUGACGCCAAACCAGGCGAUGUGGAGUGUGAUUUCUGCACUGGGAUAAAACAUAAAGCCAUCAAGUCGUGUCUUUCAUGUCUGCUUUCCUAUUGUGAAGUUCACAUCCAGCCUCACUAUGAAGUGCCUCGUCUAAGCAAGCACAAGCUGGUGAAUGCCACCUCGCAGCUACAAGACAGGAUCUGCACUCAGCACGACAGGAUUAUUGAGUUGUUUUGUCGCACAGACCAGCAGUUAAUCUGUAUGCUCUGUUCCAUGGACGACCACAACGGGCAUAAGACUGUCUCAGCUGCUGCCGAACGGACUGAGAAACAGAAGCAGCUGGUGAAGUUGAAGGGAGAUAUCCCCAGUCAGAUCCAGCAGAGGGAGAAGGAGGUGGAGGAGGUUAAACAGGCUCUGAAGUCACUGCAGGCCUCUGCACAGGAAGCUGUUGAGUACACUGAUCACAUCUUCACUGAGCUGAUCAGCUUCAUGCAGAAGCGCUCUGAGGUGACCGAGUCGAUCAGAGCUCAGGAGAGGGCAGAGGUGAGUCGAGCUGAAGGACUCCUGGAGCAGCUGGAGUUGGAGAUCACUAAACUGAAGAGCAGAAAUGCUGAGAUGGAGAAACUUCAGCCAAUAGAGGACCCCAUUGAUUUCAUUCAGAGUUUCCAAUCACACUUCACUUCCUCAACUGUGGCUGAGACCCUUCCCAAGGUGACUUUUGAAUCCCAGUUCUCCUUCCAUGAAGUAAUGAAAUCAGUGUCUCCAUCUCUGAGAGAGAAAACAAAAGAGUUUCACCAGGCAGUAUUCAAAGUCACAGGUCUCAUGGUCAUGGACACAGUCAUACUGAAGACUCCUGAGACCAUUUCCAAGAGUUGUCGUCCAUAUCCGCCACAGUCAUUAAAUUUUAAUAGGUUUGGUUCAAAUCCGGCCACAGGCUUUGCACCAAGUGCUGGAACAAUUUUUGGUGAACCUUCCAGACCAUUUGGCCAUUCAUUUGGACAUGCUGCAAGUAGUUGCGGUUAUGACCACAAUUAUACCAUCCCUGUCGAUGGUGUGGGCGUGCUAAAAGCUUUGAAUGGGCCAGAUAACAUGACUGUUGACUUUCCUGAGCUCCAGGGUUGGAAGGGGAGUUCAUCGAAGCUGGAACUGGUACUUCUGAUCAAUUAAGAUUCAUGAUCCCUUACGUGUUUACUUACUAUGCCAUUUAUUUUUGAUCAACUGAUCAAUACUUUGCUGUUACUCUAUGUAAAUAAUAUUCCUCUGGUUACGGAACAUUGUCUUUUAUUUUAUGUAAUGUUAUGCACAGGUGCAGAGUUCACAUAAUGUCACAGACACGUCACCUUUGCAGUUUCACAGUAAGGGAACUCAAUAAAAUGUGUAACAUAUGAAAGUAUUUGCAAUUACUUUUGUUGGUCAUGGAGUUGUAUUUCAAGAAGACAUAUUAUUUGUUCCAGUGAAAUAAUUAAAUUGUUCUUUGAAUUGAUUGGUAUUAAGUUAGGAUACCAGGGACAUGAUCCCAGGAAUUGGAUGCCUCUUGCACAAUGUGCUUAAUCGCCAUGUGCAGCCUAGCAGAUGAAUAUAUGGAUAUUCAAAAUACUCCCUGAUUGCCUUUUUGUGUGUCUUGCUGAUUAUAUCCACUGACUUGAUGAAAUAAAAUAAAUCAAAA